AUGCGUCGCGCUGUUGCAUCGUGCCUUUUCGGGCGUCGCUUCGCCCAAUCGGCCGCUGUGCCUGCUACCACGACUGCAACUGCCGCGGCGGCGGUGGCGCUGGCGUUCAACACGUCCAUGCGGCUGCAAGGCACGCGGCAGGGGCCACCGGGCGGUGUCCCGCCGGAGCUGCGUGCCCCGCCGCAACAGCAGCAGCAGCAUUCAGCCGUCGAUGGUGCAGCGGAACAAGACUUCGAGCCACCGCAGCGGCCCGCUGAGCCGCCGAAGAUGCUCAAGAUCGACACCAACGACAAGGGCAUCACAACGAUUCAGCUCAGUCGCACGCCGGUGAACUCCCUCAACUUGGAGCUCCUUGAGGAGCUGAACAGGUGGAUGCUGUGGCUUGGAAGCGACGAGAGCUGCAAGUCGGUCAUCCUCACAUCGUCUAUCCCUACCGUGUUCUCGGCGGGCCUGGACAUCAGUGAGAUGUACAACCCACAGCCCGAGCGACUCCGCCGCUUCUGGCAGGCAUUCCAAGAGACGUGGUUGAUUCUCAACAGCUUCCCGAAGCCAAUCAUUGCGGCGAUUAACGGCAACUCACCUGCCGGCGGCUGCAUUCUGGCCAUCGGUGCCGACUACCGCAUCAUGUCCCGUCACCCUGCAGGAAAGCCGGAGCGUCUGUAUCGCAUCGGCAUGAAUGANACAAAGUUGGGCAUUGCGGCUCCAGCGUGGGCUAUACCAGCGUACGCGUACGUGGUCGGCUCUCGCAAUGCGGAGCGAAUGCUGCAGCUCGGCGAAACCCCGACGGCGGACGAGGCGCUGAAGCUCGGCCUCGUGGACGCUGUCGUGGAGGAGGAGCAGCUGCGUGACGCCGCGGCGAGGGAGGCAGAGCGCUUCAUGGCGAUCCCGCAGCAGUCGCGGUGGAUGUCGCGCGACAUGAUGCGGCGCGAGUACCUGCAGGCGAUUGCGACCGACGAGGACAGGGAGUACGACACGCAGUUCGUCGUGGAGCUCAUGAUGAAUCCGGAGGUGCAGAAGGGCCUUGAGUCGUACAUGGCGCGCCUCAAGGGGAAGGCGGGGAAGAAGUAG